CCACUGUGGAAUUAAAACUUAAAUAAAGUAGCCGUUGGAUGGUUCUGCCUUCUAUAUAAUGGACAUCUGAUUGAGCUUCAAGAAAGUCGGUUUGCAGAUACUGAAUCCCAAACAAAUCUCUUCAACUUUCUCUCUCUCUAUUAUCUUAUGGUUUUGUAGCAACAAUUUAGGUGCAUAUUUUAAUUUUCUUCAAUAGUUCCAAGAUAUUCGUUUUUCUCUUUUUAUUUUGUUGUUAAAAAAAUCUUAAUCUUUAUACUUUGAUUUCCUUGUAUAUUCAAAUACAAAGAUACAUAGAAUUGAAUUUUUGUAGCAAAGUAAGGCUUCCGAUCCUUGCUUAAUUGAGAUCAUAUCGCCUAAAUUUUCCACCAUCUUCUUGAAUUCCUUGUUUUAUCUAUCUGGAUCUGAUGGAGGCAGUUAUGAUGCAUGGAUCGUUGGAUCAAUCCAUCUCUCCAUACAAAUCAUCCCAUCCCAAAAAGUUUCAUCAAAACCCAAUCAUUUCAUAUCCCUCCGAUGCUUUCUGGCUCUCUCACUUCAACUCCAUCGGCCUUCUGCAGCCUCCGCCGCCGCAGUUUCUCUCCCAGUCCUACCCACUCCGCCAAUCCUCACAACCACCUCUGCUCCCUCUCCCCGCCUCCGCCCGGGGCCUCUCCAACAAAAAAUCUUCUUCCCUCGCCUCCAAGAAAUCAAAAUCUCCCAAAAAAGAAGCUAAAAACUCGCCGAAAAAAUCCAAGGAUGCGGCGAAAGUUAUCGGCGGCGCGGUGGUGGUCGGUGAUCAGGUGGACAUGUUUUCGGGUUCGGCGGUGUUCACGAUCUCUCCUCCGCCGAGCAGCCUGCCUCUGCCGACUUUCUCGUUGAGGCCGAAGCUCAGCUGCAAGGCGGAGGCUGCCGCCGGCGUGGAUGCCGGGGCCACCGAUGAUCUGCGGCGUCUUCUUCGAUUGCUGUGAAUGCGAAUGCUUGAUUUAAUUUAGUCCAUUGCUGAUAUUUUAAACAAGUUGUGGGAAUUAAGUUAAGCUUGCUUGAGUUGGAUUGUAAUUAAGCUUUCAGUCGUCUCACUCUCUCUCUCUCCAUGUGUUUGUUUUUGGGAAGAGGAAGAGCAAUUGUGUGGAGAUCCCAUGAGUUUUUAGGAAUGGGGUGCAACACAAUAAUUCUUCCUUGCUAAUUUAGGGCUUCAGCUUCAGACAAGUUCGUCUCCGAUCCAUUGCUGAGCUUAUCUAUCUGUAUUUUCCAAUUAUGAUGCAAUCUAGACUACUAAAUACUCAUAUAUCCCUUGUAAUUUGCUUUCGUCAUGGUUUGUGUUUUAAUGGAUGAACUACGAUGCAAAUUAAUUUUCUUCA